GACAUUGCCGCGUUAUAACAGUUAACCGAUUGCUCUUGAACUGUUUAACUGUGUUCUGAUUGGCUAAAUCAUUAACUGUUCGCCCUCGGUUUGACCUUGGGAUCGAAUAAGCGGACUUCGGACUUCGACUCCGUUCGGAUAUAUAUUAGUCUUAUGUAAAGGUUACUUGAAUUGUUUGCAGCUUCAAUGCCUCUAAAAUUUAUAAAUUUGACUUCAUGUAAUAAAUUUACGAGUUUAUCAAAAUAAAAUUGCAUUUUUCCAAAUGAAUUAGACAGCUGAAACUUUUAUUUACGUCAGUCGCAGGCCUCUGAUAAAAGUUUUCAAUACAAUUUUAUCUGAUUUUAAGACCAUAUAAAUACUGAAGUUGAACUAUGAAUGUGGUACAUUCACUUCACAUUCGUUAAUUUUGAAUAGAAAAUUUUCAUUGAACGCAGCUUAAAAUUAUACUGAAGCAAAUUAAAAAUGAAAACUACAAUUACAGUGGAGUAAUUAUCAUAAUUCACGACAGAAUUGUUACUACAACAAAAACAGAUUCAUAAAAAACGACUGAGGAAUCAGACAGGCGACUUGGUAUUGUAAAAAUAAUAUCAAGCAACUACAAAAAACCAUUUUUUAUGCAUGCGUUGUCAUUGAACUGUCGGACUUCGGAGGUUGACGAACGUCGGUGCAUCUGGCUACAAUCAGAGUUCAAAUAUCCGAAUAAGCAAGAUUGAUUGUGGCGAGGCGAAUUCGCCUCUUCAAUAAUAACUUCAUCCUUGUUUGCUAAAUUGUCCCACUGAAAAGGGAAAUGUUUUCUACAACAGUCUAAUUCUGAUUCAGCAGAAGAAGAUAGAACGAUAGAAGAGGUCGCUUUCCUUUCCUUUAUCCUUUACACAACAAUUCUCUUCUCAUUCAUUUUCCGCAUUUGGUUCUUUUUCGUAUUCUUUUAUACCAAUUUCAUUCUACACGUUUGGUUGUUUUGUAGCAAGUAGCUGAAAAUAAUUCACAUUCUUUUAUUAUUUGCCGCAAAAUGAGAGAAGUCGCCGACAAGUUUGUCACUAGUGGAGGGUCUUUGUUUCCUUGUGCAAUGUCCAACUUACCCCCCAAAAAGCGGCGAUACAGUCCGCCUGAUUUGCCGACUCUACCCGUUGAGUUCAAACCCGCGUUGUCGCGAUCACCCGAUAACCAAUCCCCAAACGAGGCUUCAACUUCGAGCGAGGCGGAAAAGAGUGACUUUGACGUCGAGUAUCCUCUUCUUGUCGAAAGCCUCAAACGGAAAAUUCCGACAGAGCGCCCGAAACAGUUAUGUGUAGAACAGUACUCGUCUUUGAAAAACAGUGCGACUAUUCCAUUUUCCGGAAACAAUGACAAAUGUUUGGAAUUGAGAAACAGUUCAGCAGCGAAAUUAUUUCGAAAAGAUGAACAUAGCAUUUCUCCCAAAGCUACGAGUGGCGAAAAAAGUCCUGAGGAAAUGACUGCUGCUAGAAAUGCAACAAACGCCAAUAUUUCUUCGGUCAAGAACGAGUCUGAAACGAAAGAAAAAUUGACUCCGCAAAAUGUGAAUGCGGUAUCCAAUUGCGUUAAAAAAUCGCCAAAUCAUAACAAAAUUCCCGAAACAAAUGCGCGAUCGAGCUUACUUUAUAGUCUAUUGACUCGGCCAGGCGCUUCAAACGCAACAGAAACUACGGGGGGACCCAAUAGUGCUGGCGGGGGACAAACAAUUUUGGAGAGAUCUCUCGACUCGCCUGCAAGUUUGAAAACGAGAUCUCCCUCUAAUGAAAACGGAAGUGUUCCAUCAUCUGCAUGUCCUGUGUGUUCUUUACCCCAGAGAGGCUCGGAAAAUUCCGAUGGGGAGAAUGACGCAACUAUUAUGACAUCAGCUGACGUAUGUGGAGAUUGCUGGAAGUUUUUCCACUGCAUAAACAUCCAAAAAGUGUCAAGUUUGAGUUGCACAUGCAAAGGCGCAGAGCGGGACUCGAACUCGGGACCUAAUUGCACUAAGUGUAAAUACUACCAAUGUUUGAGAUACGGAUUAUUAACCAAAGAAAUCUUGAAAAACGGAGCGAAUGGAAAAGAGAAGGAAAAAGAAUCGCGAAAACGGUUCCUGUUUCCAAAUUCGAUUGAAGACCUCACCCCUUUCGCCAAAAUUAGUGGCUCAUACCUUUCUUCUACCAUAUCUCAGAGAGAAAAGAUGUCUUCAGCUCCCGAAGCAUGGCCAAAAACUACAUUAUCGGCCAAUUUUCCUCUGAACAUAGUAAUUAACAAUGAAUUAAUGCCAUUCAGAUUGCAGAGUGAUAAAUCACACACCGAAAAUUUGGAUACUUUUGUUCAAACCCACCAAACUUCCCGAUCUAAUCAAGUUUCGGCGCGAGCGCCAGGAGCUAAAAUUUCGAUCCCUCCUCCACUUAUUAGAAGCAAUGACAGCUGUGUGCUUACAACUGACAGGCGUUUGAACUCAGUUGCAAAAUGCAGAGGUCAAACUUCUCCAGAGCAAUCGGUUUUGAAUCAAACUUCACCACCAAGUCAACUGCAAAUGUUACUCAGCAAACAGAAUCAUUCACCAAACUCUAAUAUCUCUAGAGUGCAAAUUCCAGGGUUGAUUCACAGAAAUGACCAAUCUGUAUCUCCGACAAGGAUGAUGAAUCAUAGAAGCCCUCAAAAUCAGGUGCAAGAUGUUCAUAGGAGCCCAAAUUUUGGGCAUAGUUCUGCGUGGAGUGUCUCUAGACCUCCGCCGCCCUCGUUGAUUCCAGCAACUAGCCUAAACUCAUAUUUAUCCGAAAACAGAAGUCAACUAAACAUGAAUGAAGAUCGUACAAAUUACACAUUUUCUCCGAACAAGAGGAUGUUUUUCCAGGCUCCUUCGAGAAACAUAUCACAACCGCGCCACACAAGUUUCACGCCUAAUGUAACAAUUAGCCGACCCUCUAUUGUAAUGCCAAAUUCGCGCCUCGACACAAAUAUCACUAGAUUAGAGGCUGGCAACUCGCCGACAAAUUGCAACACCACAAGUCCCACAAACGACCAAAGAACUGCGGGAAGUUCUCAAGGUCAAAAUUUCCCACCCAAAACGACAAUAAAUGCUCCAUCAAUUGUCAUCAAUUCGGCAGAACUCUUUCAAAAUAUAGCUUCUAUUGGUGGAAACCCGAAUACUAAUCGUCCAAAUCUUGGUCAAAAUGAGAAUCUAGCACGAGACGCGUUCGACCUGAUUGCCGAAAUGGAUUCGAAAUCGACGAUGGAUUCCAAAAUCAACCAAGUUUUGCUCUCAUUGCUGUUAAAUUCGUGUUCAGUAGAUAAAGCAAUGGCAGUUUUGGUCAACAUUCUUCUUGAAUGGGCCGGGGGGCUGAAAAAUUUAAUACCUGAAAAUAAAUUUAUUUCGAUUUUCACUCAGCAAUGGUGCCCGCUAGUAUUAUUAACCCAACUUCAGAUUCAUAAUCCAAACACGGAACAGGAUAUUGACACCAAAAUUGGGUUGGUCCGAAGUCGCAUUCCGGGCAGACUGGACCACUUGAAGCGGUACAACAAUCUGGUCCGUUUUUUGAAUGAUAUCCACACACGACUGAAGGCUCUCAAUCUUAGUCCGCAGUUCUACGCCGCAGUCAAAGUUCUUCUCUUACUCAGCUCACAAAAAGGAAAUGAUAAAAACAUGCUUCUGGUAUGCCAGCAACUUCUGGAAAAGUUUCCCAGCCACCAGAUGGGUCAAGUGAUGCAGCUAAUCGAAGAUCUGGAACAUUCGGCUUGCAAUAUACUCCAGCUUCAUACUAUCGAGAACUCCCUGUUUCUUCACAUGUUUCUUCUACCAGCCAACAUCCUGCGCCAGUUUCCUCUUCUAAACAUUCAAUGUUCUUUGCCGAAUAUGAAUGAGGCGAACAGUUAAUUACAGAAAAAUAGACCAACACACGGAAACUUCUCAGCAAUAAUCUGCAGAUUUUAAAAUUUCUUUGAGUGUAAAAAAGUACAUAAAUGUUAAAUCUCAGCUUUGAAAGUUGAAAUAUGCCUCUUAAACUUCCCUUUAAUUUGCGUAACUGUCAUAUGAAUUAAAUAGAUUAAUUCUACUGUUUAAUGUGUCUAGAUAUUAAUUUUCUAUAGAUGUUUAUA